AUGACAGCCUGUUUGGAUUUUGACCCAAACAGUGUAUUUGUUUUCACUGCUGCAACUACAAAAGAUCAAGUUCCUAGAAAUGUUAGGUUUGUCCUCGUUGAUGGAUCCGUUCGCGUCCUUCCAGACGACAUCUUCCGGGAUUGCGAGUCACUGGAAGAAGUGACCUUUGAGGAAUGUACUCAUACCAUCGGAAAAAGUGCCUUUCUAGCUUGCGUCUCGUUGUCCAAAGUCAAAUUACCCUCUACACUGCGAGAGAUUUUAGAGUCUGCUUUUGAGUGCUGUUACAACUUAACUUCAAUUGAUCUCCCUGUGGGUCUCAAAGUCAUUGAAGAAUCCGUGUUUGAAGAAUCAGGCUUACGCCAUCUGAAAGUCCCUGCGACAGUUGAAAUAAUUGAGUAUCGGGCUUUCCAUUAUUGCAAACAUUUGGUAUCUAUAGUUCUGCCACCAAGCUUGGAGGUGAUCGAGUCCGAUCUUUUCAGCUUGUGCUUCAGAUUGGAAGACAUUGAGAUCCCAAGAACAAUAAAAGCAAUUGGGGAUCAAGCCUUCGAGGAUUGUUCGUCUUUGAAGGAAUUGGAUUUAGAACACUGCAUCGAAUGUUUGACGAUUGGACACCGUGCCUUCUACUCAUGUUCAAAGCCGGAAUGGAUAAAUCUUCCGCCCAAUCUCGAAGGAUCAAUCGAGGGAGGAACAUUCGCAAAGUGCUCGGCAUUGACCCAUAUCCGCGUGUCACAGAAUAUCACUUCCAUUGGACGGAGAGGAGAAUCCAAUCCAUUUCGUAGGUGCAAGUCCUUGCUAUCAUUGGAACUUCCAGAAGGAUUGGAAACGAUUGAGCUGCUUGCUUGGGAUGAUGCAUCCGAAGUCUGGAAAUACGCCUUCGAAUGGGCAUCCUUGGUGAAUGUAUAUCUGCCUCCAUCACAGACUUUGCUCGAUGUGAGGAUAUUAUCCAAUGAACCCAUUCCGGAAGACUGGCAGCUUGCGAAAGUUGCACAAACCUGGGGAGAUCUUGUCCCAAUGCUGCAGCGCCGAUUCGAUGGGCUUCCUCUUCACAGAGUCUGUUACUUCCACAGCUACCAUCCUGUAGAAGAUACAGCUGAAAAAAUACGCAACAUACUGAAGCUGACCCCAAGCGCCGUCAAUGAAGUAGAUGCCUUUGGAAUGACGCCACUCCACAUUUUGUCGUUGGCACAAAAGCCGGUUGUGGAACUGCUCCAAGAGCUCCCUAUUGUUUUCGCAGAGGUGGCGCUUUCGUCAAAAGACUUCUUUGGAUCAACUCCACUGGACUAUGUUUGCAAGAACCCCUUGCCAGAAGGUAUGAAUGCAAGUCGAUGGAUGAUCCGAAAAAUUCUGGAGGGAAAACUACCUUUUCUUGGACUCCGUCGAUGGAAGCAAGAACUACUGGUAGCGGAAGAAAGACGAUUAACGACAGCAGACACAUCGAGCAUGAGAGCUGGUGUCAAAUCUCUGUUAGGCAAGCUUGCUCAUUUGGAAUUCCUGGAGAUUCUGUCACUGGUCGAAAUGGUUCUGUGGCAAAUCAAGUUAAAUGAGAACGUGAUGGUCGAGACAGGUGAUGACAAGCCCAGAAGUGAUCGAGAAAGUUGUCGAGUCCAAUGUGGUAUUUCCAUUGUCAUCGGAAAUAUUUUGCCCUUCCUUCGGGAACGAGAAGUGAUUGCACAGGCUGAAUACUUAUGA